AUGCGUUUUCCAAAGCUCCCGGCGAGAGCCGCGCACAUCCAUCUUAACAAUCCGUCUCGACGCAAUGCCCUGAGCCUCGAGGUCCUCGAGGACCUCCGAUCGCAGCUACUGACGAACCUAACUUCACCAAAAUCAGGGCGUCUCAUGACCCUGCCCCUAUUCAAGCCAGGUAUCCUCCACGAGCUGGAAAGAGUCAGCGAACGCGCAGCUCCGGACUCAACAGAAACUUCAGAACACAGCUGGCUCGUUGAUGCCAACGCGUGGGCAGAAGAACGCGCAGCCCUGCCCAACGUCCUCGUGCUGCGCAGCUCAGGCCCGGUCUUCUCCUCCGGCCACGACCUCAAGCAACUCGCAUCGCUCUCCCACGCCGAGGUCAAGGGCACCUUCGCCCUUUGCGCCGAAGUCAUGUCUCUCAUCCGCCACAGCCCUGCGCCGGUUGUCUGCCCGAUCCAAGGCUUGGCAAUCGCAGCGGGACUCCAGCUCGCCCUCUCCACGGACUACCCAAUCGCCCUGUCCACGACCAGGUUUCAACUGCCCGGCGCAAGCAUCGGGCUGCCGUGCACGAGCCCCGCCACGGCCGUGUCGCGCCGCAUCCCACCGGCGCAGACCUACCGCAUGCUUCUGACGGCUGAGGCGGUCACUGCCGACGUGAUGCGGGAUGCCGUGGACGUGGUCACGGAGCCUGAGCACGCAGAGUCAACUGACACGGCCGCUGCAGCGUUCGAGGGGCGUGUCGCGGAGGUGGUGGAGCGAUUGGCGGGCUCGGCAGGUCAGCCGAUGGCCUUGGGGAAAUGGGCGUUCUGGACCCAGCUCGGCAUCAACGGCAAGGAGCAGGACGGGAAAGGUGGUGAUGGGUACGAGGAUGCAGCGAGCUGGGCGGGGAGAGUCAUGGCCUUGCAUGCCAGGGCCGCUGAUUCGAGAGAGGGUAUCGCAGCCUUCACGGAGAAGCGGAAGCCGUCGUGGAAAACAUGA